AUGCCACCCAAGAAACCAAAAAGUGCAGCAAGCCGUGCAGGCAAGAAGGGGAAAGCUAAAGCGACACCUGCGCCAGCGGAAGAUCCUGGUCAUCCCGAUGACAUCUUCCCCCUGGUCCUGACAUCCGCCACCCAGGAGCUCUUUGGUUGCCGUGCCGACGACGACGUCACCGAGGAGAGCCCCCACAAGCUGCUGAGGAAAGACGACAUCGUGCAGGACUUAAAGAUGAGAGCCGCGGUGUCCGAUUUCAGCCCCGUGAAGCAGAUCGUGCUGGAAUACCCGGAUGCUGAGCUCUUGCUGGUUUUUGACAGGGACUUCGUCUACGGCCAGAGCUUCUACCUGGCUCUGACUCCAGAAGCUAAGGAGCGGAUCUUAAACUCACCAGAGCCCGAGACACCGGAAGUGUUUGAGGAUGAAGUCGUUAAAAGCCCAGAACCGAAGCCGUGGAUAUCUCUGGGCAGUGAGCAGGAAAUAGUUGAAGAAUAUGUCAGCGAAAAGCGGCGUUACAAGAUCCUCAAAGUGAAUAGGCAGUUUGGAUUACCGAUCAAUUUUUCGGACCGCAACGCCGCGGAUGCUAAGGACGGCAACCUCGGGUGGGCUCCCUACGAAGACAGCCGAUCCAGCAUCAGACUGACGCAGAGGGACUGCGGGACACAGGCUGUGUCCACGCUGCAGAGCAGCAGUACUCAAACACGGUGUAACUCCACGAACGCUAUCUCCACCCAGUGCACGCCGAGAGAGUUCAGUUGUGAAGAGAAAGAGAGCAUCCUCCAGUCUGAGAGUGUGAAGAAUAUGUGCAUCUCCGUGAUGCCGAUAAUGUUGCAAGCCCUUCAGCAGGAAGAGAUCAUGAACGUGUUCCUGGAUGACUGGACGGCUCUGGGCUCAGCAGCUGAAGACUGGUCUGGGAAGGUCACCGAAGGUCUGAUGCUGUAUCAGUCCUUCACCGACCAGAACUACAGCAAGGACAAGAAAAUCAGCAGCGUCCAUUGGCACCCGAACCUCUACGGUGUGAUAGCCGUGGCUCUGACAGAAAAAAAGGAGGAGCGUCUGAACGAGUCCGCCACGCUCGUCUUGAAAGCUUCUCUGAUUCUCUUCUAUAACUUCUCCGACCCAUCUAACCCCCAGUUGCUGCUGGAGAGCCCCGCUGACAUUUGUGCCUUUGAGUUUUGCCCCUCCGAUCCAAAUAUUAUCGUUGGCGGCUGCACGAACGGCCAGGUCGUGCUGUGGGACAUUUCUGCUCACGUCUCGCACUUACAGGAAACGCAGCCCGGUAAAACUAUUCCUGUCGUCGCUGACCCAUUCGAGCUGGACGACGACAAAGAGAAUCAGACUCCCGUCGUGCGCUUCUGUGCCGUGUCCGCCUUGGAGAGCAGCCACAAAGCGCCAAUUACCGAUGUCCAGUGGCUGCCGCCGACAUUUGAGGUGACCAGGACGGGCGUACCGGUGGAGAACAAGUACAACAUCUCGACUCAGAUCGUCACCUGCUCCCCGGACUGUGCUGUGAUGUUCUGGGACGUGCGAGCCUCCAGAGUGAGCCAGUCGGCGUCGGACAGGAAGCAGAAUGUGGACCAGAAGGCGCCGUACAGUGUCCCCGACACCUUCCAGCACCUGGACCGCACCUGGAAGCCUCUGUUCAAGGUUUCGCUGCCAAAGAUUGACCUCAGUGGCGAAUAUGCUCCUCUGAAAUUCAGCCUGGAACAUUACACCUGUACGGCGAAUAAAGCGGCGACUGGAAGCGACGAUAGCCCAGAGGUCAUCCCCGACUACAGCCGGCUCACGGUGCCCUCAGAGGAAACACACAGUGCUCUGGAACAAGUCAACACCAAACUCUUUAUUGGAACAGAGGUCGGGGAGAUUAUUUACACCGACUGGAAACUGGUGAAGGAUGACUCUGAACGGCUGCACAGUGCGAAGCCCCUCCACUGUUUCAGCAUCCAUCACUGGCAGGUGAACACGGUGCAGCGGUCGCCCUUCUUCAAUGACAUCAUUUUGACGAUAGGAAGCUGGAACUUUGCCAUCUGGAAGGAGGGAGUCAUGGACGGCCCCAUCAUCCUGUCCCCGAACUCGGAGCAGGCGUGCACCGCGGGGUGCUGGUCCCCGUCCCGACCGGCCGUCGUCUUCAUCGGGAAAGAGGACGGCAGCGUCGACGUGUGGAACCUGCUGGAGAAGAAUUGGGAACCGGCGCAGGUCAACGCGCACGUCACCAACGCCAAGAUCACCGCCAUCGGACCCUGGAUCGCCUCCCCCAAGCAGCACUUCCUGGCCGUGACCGACGACCUCGGCAUACUCCGUGUUUUUGAAAUCCCCAAGUUACUCUACGUUCCCUCCAAGAACGAGGGUUCGAAUUUGAGGAAAUACUUUGAGGGGGAGGAACAGAGGUUGAAGGAUCUUUUGAGGUGUGAGGAGCUGUGGGCGAAGGAGAAGGAGGAAGCGGAGGAACUCUCCAAGAGGAUGAAAUCUGUCCAGCCGGUGAAAUCCCCCGUGGAGGAUGAAGAUGAAGAGGAGUAUAAAAGUUACCUCGUGCUGGAAGAAAGCAUCCUGAAGGGCUUGGGCCUGUGGCCGAAGACACGAGAUGCCUGACGCACACACACACACACACACACACACUGCAUUGUUCACUUUUCUAUUUAUUUAUAUAUUUGAUAGCCUCCACUGUUUUUUGUUUUAUUAUAACUCUCCACGUUGGAAUUAUUCAUUUGAAAUGUGUUUUCUUCGAAUCUUUCUUGCAGUAUUUACAACAUUUGUUCAUUACUGCUUAAUGUUUGAAUGUAUUUUUUUAAAAUAUUGAAAUAUGAACUCUUUGUGAAACACGAGGACAUGCCAAAUCGAUUCUGCGAUCGACAUUUCAGACCAUUUCCUUUUUUUUGGAGGGGGGGGGGGGGCGGAGCUUCAGAGUCAAACAUGGAUGGUUUUUAUCAAACCUCAGAUCUCGUUACCCCCCCCCAGAGGAUACAGUCUGGGAUAUCUGACCUUGGCAGGAAGUCAUUUAAUGGCUCCAUAACUUCAUGAUACUUAUUUGUUUGCUGUUCAUCAGAUGUUGUAUGACUCACCCCGUGUGU